GGAUGGCCGCCCACGAGGGAGGCUUUGGCGAUGUUGGCUGUCUCCACGCUACCUGUGGCAGCCAAACUAUAUGGUCUAGAGCACUGGCUCUAUCGGUCAAUAGAGCUUCGGCCUCUGUGGUUCGAGUCUCCUAGAGCCCAGUCUGUAGCUGUUCCAACCCCAAUCAACCCCAAACCAUUCCUGAACCAGCUGACUGGUCAAGCAGUCAUUGUAAAGCUCAAAUGGGGUCAUGAAUACAAAGGCAUCCUUGUGUCAGUUGAUGGAUACAUGAAUCUUCAGCUUGCUAACACCGAGGAAUAUAUUGAUGGUCAGUCCACCGGUAGUUUAGGAGAGGUGCUCGUCCGCUGUAACAAUGUUCUUUACAUCCGUGGAGCUGAAGAUGAUGACGAAGAAGAAGGCCAAAUGAAGGAAUAGUAAACUACCGAAUGAUACCAAAAUGUACCCGAAUGGUUUUAUUUUAUUUUUUUAUUAGCUAGUUUAAGUGUGUUGUAAAUGUUGGUUUGCUUAUUGAAGUACACCAGUGAAUGCAUUGAAUCUGGAAUAGAUUUUCUGAAACUAAAAGCAUCGGUGUGUUUUUUAGAUGUAGGCAACAAUGUUGAAAAUUUGAUUACUUAUUAAAACACUUGCAGUUUUUACAAUAAGAUUUGUAUAAACGUGUGUAAAUGUUUUUGGACCUGUAAAGAAUGAAUUUGUUUCAGUUUGUAUUCAAAAUGCUAUAUACAUAAUGUAACUUUGUAAAAA